AGAACAUAACUAACCUUUGCUAGCAAUAUGACCUGACUGAGCAAGGUUUAGGAACUUACGUUUUCAUAUUGUGCUGUUGUGAAGUACUGUUUACAAGCUAAUGUUUCUCCAUUUCUUAGCUAGCUAGAGCUUGAUCAUAUCGCGUGUUUAUAAUCACAACAGCGUGAUUAAACAAGGCAUUGCUGUUGCAAGUAGUUUUUUUCUGGUUCUCUUGUUCAAAUAGCCGUCGAAUCAGUAACGAUACCUCGACUGGGGAGUUCGUACUAAAAAUAAAUUAUUGUCUUUGCAAUGUCAGAAUACCGCAAAACGAUAUUAGGUGCCAAGACUACUGCCCUGUUCAACUAGGGUAUCCCAGUGCUCUGACCUCUCCUUGGAGUUAAAUACCAAUAUAUGAAGCUUUCAAUCCGUUUUGAUUAAUCGGCCGCUCGAUGGGGAUUCACCGAGGAGCUCCUACCUGCGUGGCCUUCCCUCCGCUCCACCACCUGCCCUCCCUCUUCAGAACCUCCUCCUCCGUAAUCAUGAAACUGAUAUUAACUGAGUGGCAAUUGAUAUGGAUUUUUAAUUACUCCAGUAGACAGUAAAGAGGAGACCCAUGACAAAGCCAUACUUUUAUACACACCCAAACCGCCCCGCACCCCAAGGCAAGCACUUCAACACCACCCACCGACCCCAAGGAAUGUAUUUGCGCUCCGACAGGCUUCCAGAGAGUUGUUGAACUCACGAGAGAGGAGAGGAGAGGAGAGAGGGCGUCUCGGAGGACCGACCCGAUUGUUUUCCCUUUGUCACCAAAAGUGCGGUGUCGUGCCAUGGCACCCCAGAACAGCAACUCGGAUACUAUGCAAGUGCAAGAGGUGGUGGUGGUGCCCGCGAAGAAAGCGGGAGGCGGGCGGGAGCAGGAGAACCAGGAGGAGUCUGUCAGUGAGGGCUCUAUAGACCGCAUCCCCCUGCGUCAGUGGGUCAUGCACGGAGCCAUCAUGUUCGGCCGGGAGUUCUGCUACGCCAUGGAGACGGCCCUGGUCACACCAGUAUUGCUGCAAAUAGGUCUUCCAGAACAGUAUUACAGCCUGACGUGGUUCCUGAGCCCCAUCUUAGGCCUGAUCUUCACCCCUGUGAUUGGCUCUGCCAGUGACCGCUGCACCUUGCGAUGGGGUCGGCGGCGGCCAUUCAUCCUGGCCCUGUGCGUGGGCGUGCUGCUCGGAGUGGCUCUCUUUCUCAACGGAUCCAUCAUAGGCCUGGCCAUUGGCGAUGAACCGAACAACCAGCAGAUCGGCAUCGUGCUGACGGUCCUGGGCGUGGUGGUGCUGGACUUCUGCGCAGACGCCAGCGAGGGGCCCAUCCGAGCCUACCUGCUGGACGUGGCCGACACCGAGGAGCAGGACAUGGCCCUCAACAUCCACGCCUUCUCUGCCGGGCUCGGAGGUGCAGUAGGCUACAUGCUGGGAGGUCUGGACUGGACGCACACCUUCCUGGGGGCGACGUUCAAGUCACAGGAGCAGAUCCUGUUCGUCUUCACGGCCAUCCUGUUCGUGGCGUCCGUGGCGCUGCACCUGGUGAGCAUCGAGGAGCAGCAGUACAGCCCUCACCAGGACUGCCUGGACGAGGAGGCGGACGCCCCGGCGGUCAGGCUGAACGGCGGCCCUCCCCGCCUGCAGCUCAUCCGCGAGGACGAGCCGUACGACUCGUACGAGGACGCCCGCUCCGAGCGCGACCUGGACAUGCGCUUCCUGGACGACGACCUGGUCCGCAGCAAGAGCGACUCGGCGCUAGCCAUGGCCGACAGCUCGCUGGAGCUGGAUCGCGACCCGCUCUUCCUGCACCGCAUCGAGCCGUCCGUCUUCCAGGACCGGCCGUCCUCCUUCCGCGGCUCACCCCUGCGGCGAAGCAGCAGCGCCGGGAGCCGCGACGCCCUGAGGACCGCCUUCAGCCCCCUGACGGCCUUCCUGCAGGAGGCCGAGCGCGAGGGCGAGGAGGCCCUGCUGGGCAGCCUGCGCAGCGUAGACAAGGCGCCCAACGGGAAGCCGGCCGGGCCCGGCGGAGGGGGAGCCAACGGCCACACCCCGGGCGGGAUGAAGCCGUCAAACACCAGCGCCUCCAUGCGUCCCCGGCGGCACGCCUUCUACCGCCAGCCUUCCAGCACCUUCUCCUACUACGGCCGCCUGGGCUUGCACCGGUACCGGUACCGGCGGGCCAACGCUGUGGUGCUCAUCAAGUCGUCGCGGAGCAUGAACGACAUCUACGAGAUGCAGGAGCGGCAACGCCGGAAGCACCGGCGGAGGCUGAGGCACCAGAGCGGGAACACCAACUCCAGCGGCGACACGGAGAGCGACGAGGGGGAGACGGAGACCACCGUGCGGCACCUCUGGCUCUCCAUGCUGAAGAUGCCCCCGGAGCUCCUGCGCCUCUGCGUCUGCCACCUCCUCACCUGGCUGGCCAUCAUCACCGAGGCCAUCUUCUACACCGACUUCAUGGGCCAGGUGGUCUUCGGAGGCAACCCGAAGGGUGCAUUGAACAGCACAGAACUGCUGAACUACCACGAGGGAGUGCAGAUGGGCUGCUGGGGGCUGGUCAUCUACGCUGUCACCGCUGCCAUUUGCUCAGCUUUACUCCAGAAGUACCUGGACAACUUUGACCUCAGCAUCAAGAUCAUCUACAUCAUGGGCACGCUCGGGUUCGCCAUCGGCACGGCGGUGAUGGCCAUCUUCCCCAACAUCUACGUGUCCAUGGUGACCAUCAGCAGCAUGGGCGUCAUCUUCAUGAGCAUCUCCUACUGCCCCUACGCCCUGCUGGGCCAGUACCAUGAGAUUAAGGAGUACAUCCGCCACAGCCCGGGGAACUCCAGGCGAGGCUUCGGCAUCGACUGCGCCAUCCUGUCCUGCCAAGUGUACAUCUCCCAGAUCCUGGUGGCGUCGGCGCUGGGCUCGGUGGUGGACCUGGUGGGCAGCGUGAAGGUGGUGCCCAUGAUGGCGUCGGGCAGCUCCUUCCUGGGCUUCCUCACCGCCACGUUCCUGGUCAUCUACCCCGACCCUCACGCCGAUGACGGCAAGGGCGAGGCCGGGAAGCCCCCGGCGCGGGGCGAGGCUGGCCAGGACGAGGGCGGCGAGAAGCCCAGUGUGCUGAAGCUGACCCGCAAGGGCACCGCCACCACCACCUGCCAGGCGGAGUGCGAGUCCACGCUGUGA